AUGUUCACUACAAAUUCUGCAUGCGAGACGACUAGCCACCGAGUGCCAACGCAGGAAGUAGAAUUCAAGGAUAUGCUACCUCGUGGUGGAUCACGAGCACUAGUAGUUUCUGCGCGAGAUGGAAGAGAUAUAAACCGAUUCAGCGUAGCCAUCGCAAGGUACGGCCUCUCAGAACAAGUAUCAAAGUACAACGACGACGAUUUGGGUCUGGAGGGGGAGGGGAGGGGAAGGGGGAUCUCAGCCAUUCCCAAGAUGAUGGUGGGAGUCUACGGGAUGCGGGUCGUAGGAUUGGCGAUACAAAAGAACAAGAACGCCGGGGAUUUCCGUGGCCAUAAGCGCUCAAUAUUUUCGCCUCUCCACGCUCUCGCACGUAAUAUCAAUGAUCUUGAAGCUGGUGUAGCCCAUGAAGAAUUCGACAGCGACUCUUCUGAUGAAAAUGAAGACGAAGAUGGCUUCAUCGCCGAAGGAGAUGUCUCGGACAGCACAUCUGAUUCACCGAACUUCUCCGACCUAUGUUCUCCAGCUUUGGACGGAGAUGAAUGGGACAGUCUCUUGGAGAGGGCAAAGACCCGUGCAAACUUCUCCGAAAGACCUUUGGAUGGUGACGAAGGUUAUAACCUCGGUCUUUUGGAUGCCCCCCCUGAACUUUGGGUUCUAUCAUGUUUUGGUGUGAAGGCCGCCUUCAUUAUGCCGCUCAUGGAAAAGCAGGUGUGGCUAGAAGCCGAUAUGUCGGCCAGUUUAAAGAACUGGCUGGUCGAUAUACCUGGAGUCGUCCAUCGCAAUCAACAGGUCGUUCUUCAUGCCGUCUCACCCCAUGAAAGUCGGCGCGUGCUGUCUAGCACAUUGACGCCUCCCUUCGUACCGGGUAGUUGGGUCAAAGUUCGUCGAGGUAAUUUACAAGGUGAUGUCGGGAUGGGAUCGACGUACGAGCAUGAUCUUCUUGUCAGUCGGAUCGUCUUCUCCCUGAUUGAGAUCGCGCGCAAGAUCCCAGAUAAUCUUGCCACUCUUUUUGCGCAAUCACGCCAUCCUCAAGUUCGUAAAAACAUAUACAGCGUUCCUAGAAUUUCCGAAUGGUGCUUUCAUGAAGGAGAAAUGAUCACUGACACCAGCAAGGGUCAAUCUGGGACCAUCCGUAGCAUUGGCGAGCAUGCCGUGGAGGCGGAAUUUACCGACGGUCUCUUUCCCGUUACAUGGGCCAACUGUCGAAAGGAAUUCAACAUAGGACAAUAUGUAGAGAUUUCGGAGGGAGAGUCUGGGGAUAGAUGGUCCGGAUGGAUUCAUGCCAUUGAAAACGGGAUGUUGCAUUUAAUUUCUCCUCCUGGGCGUACGAACUACGCAAUUGAGGCACGUGGCGUCCAUCCCAACGCCGUCGUUGCGAUCCCUGCGCCGGAUGGUUUAUAUGAUAGUCCAGCUCAAGCCACUCAAAGUCUUGCAUCGACCCCUUCUGCGCCUUGGAAGGGGGUCAUGGUCCUGAUUACCAAGAAACGCCAUCACUGGCGUGGAAAGAAAGGAUAUGUUAUCGAUGUUAACCCGACAAUAGAUCUCGAUACUCAAAAAGCAGGCUUAGCAGUGCUUGUGGAGCUCGCAGUUUACGACCCUAACAUCCCUUUCGGUCGUCUAUGGUUCCCAUAUCUCGAUGUUGUGGAAGAGGAAUCAUGGCUACCUCUCAAUGAAGCACGACCGCUGGAAGUCGGACAAGAAUUCUUUCACAACUUGGUGCCGGAAACUAACGUCCUGCAAAGUAAAGGCAGACGUAUUCCAACAAUUGUUCUUUCACAACAGCCAGAAGAACCAGGAAACGCUACUCCUCUGCCAGACCCUUCAGAACGAUGCCUCUCUCCGGCAUGGAAUCCAUCAUCUCCAGACCCCCCGCUGCAUUGGUGCCUUGAUUCCCGUCUUCUCGGCGCUCGGUUCCGCGUGCAGUACAACGGACGCCAGAUCGUGGCGUUGACGAAACGCAACUCGCGAAGGGAUAUAAUUUGCGUCAGGAAUGAUACGUCACUGGAAGAAGACCUGGAUCCUGCAAGAGUGCUUGCAAUCCAUCCUAAAAUCCGACACUACGAUAUGUUUUUGGUAAUUUCAGGGGAGCAUUGUGGAAAAUGGGUCAGGAGCAUUCAAUUCAGCAAGCGCUCAUCCAGCGAUAACACGGAUAUUGAUUGGACUGUUGCCGUUGUUAUUCCCAGAGCUCCAUACCUCCCAGACAACGUGACCGACGAAAGGCUGAUAUUGCAUAAUUCGAGGAUGACUGUUGCAGAAGAGACAAGAGAAUCUAAAGCGUUGAAUUCGACUUUGAGGAGGCAAUUACGACAACCUUCGCGAGACUACUGA